CGGCGUCGGGGCGGGAGGCUCGAGGCCAGCCCGGGACCCGGGCUGCGAGCUGGAAGGCGGCGGCGGCGGCGGCGGCGGCGGCGGCGGAGGCGGCGGAGACAGCGGCUGCUCCAGCGCCCGCGCGCCCGCGCCCCCAGGCGGCGGGGCUGAGCCUGCCCGGCCACGGCUCCGAGCGCGGACCCCGGCAUCUUCAGGAUGUUUCUGUUCCUGCUGCUGCUGUGGUUGCUGCCCACCAUGGAAGGGUCCCAGCGGGCAGAGCCCAUGUUCACGGCAGUCACCAACUCGGUGCUGCCCCCCGACUAUGAGAGCAACCCCACCCAGCUCAACUAUGGUGUGGCUGUCACUGAUGUGGACCAUGAUGGGGACUUUGAAAUCGUGGUGGCAGGGUACAAUGGUCCCAACCUGGUUCUGAAGUAUGAUGGGACUCAGAAACGGCUGGUGAACAUCGCAGUGGAUGAGCGCAGCUCCCCCUACUACGCUCUGCGUGACCGGCAGGGCUACGCCAUCGGGGUCACAGCCUGCGACAUUGACGGGGACGGCCGGGAGGAGAUCUACUUCCUCAACACCAACAACGCCUUCUCUGGGGUGGCCACAUACACCGAUAAGUUGUUCAAGUUCCGCAACAACCGCUGGGAGGAUAUCCUGAGCGACGAGGUCAACGUGGCCCGCGGGGUGGCCAGCCUCUUUGCCGGGCGCUCUGUGGCCUGCGUGGACAGGACGGGCUCCGGACGCUACUCCAUCUACAUCGCCAACUACGCCUACGGUGACGUGGGUCCUGACGCCCUCAUUGAGAUGGACCCCGAGGCCAGUGACCUCUCCCGGGGCAUCCUGGCUCUCCGUGACGUGGCUGCUGAGGCUGGGGUCAGCAAGUACACAGGUGGCCGGGGUGUCAGCGUGGGCCCCAUCCUCAGCAGCAGCGCCUCAGACAUCUUCUGCGACAAUGAGAACGGACCCAACUUCCUCUUCCACAACCGCGGGGACGGCACCUUUGUGGAUGCCGCGGCCAGCGCAGGUGUGGAUGACCCCCACCAGCACGGCCGGGGGGUGGCCUUGGCCGACUUCAACAGGGAUGGCAAAGUGGACAUCGUCUACGGCAACUGGAACGGCCCCCACCGACUCUACCUGCAGAUGAGCGCCCACGGGAAAGUUCGGUUUCGGGACAUCGCCUCCCCUAAGUUCUCCAUGCCCUCCCCCGUGCGCACGGUCAUUGCCGCGGACUUCGACAAUGACCAGGAGCUGGAGAUCUUCUUCAACAACUUCGCCCACCGCAGCCCCUCGGCCAACCGCCUCUUCCGCGUCAUCCGCCGGGAGCACGGUGACCCUCUCAUCGAGGAGCUGAAUCCUGGCGAUGCCUCGGAGCCUGAGGGUCGGGGAACAGGGGGCGUGGUGACCGACUUCGAUGGAGACGGCAUGCUGGACCUCGUCCUGUCCCACGGAGAGUCCAUGGCUCAGCCGCUGUCCGUCUUCCGGGGAAACCAGGGCUUCAACAACAACUGGCUGCGCGUGGUGCCACGGACCCGGUUCGGGGCCUUCGCCAGGGGUGCCAAGGUGGUGCUGUACACCAAGAAGAGCGGAGCCCACCUGAGGAUCAUCGACGGGGGCUCGGGGUACCUGUGCGAAAUGGAGCCUGUGGCACACUUUGGCCUGGGGAAGGACGAAGCAAGCAGUGUGGAAGUGACCUGGCCAGAUGGCAAGAUGGCCAGUCGGCGCGUGGCCAGUGGGGAAAUGAACUCAGUGCUGGAGAUCCCCUACCCCCGUGACGAGGACAAGGUUCAAGACCCAGCUCCUCUGGAGUGUGGCCAAGGAUUCUCCCAGCAGGAAAAUGGCCAUUGCAUGGACACCAACGAAUGCAUCCAGUUCCCUUUCGUGUGUCCCCGAGACAAGCCCGUGUGCGUCAACACAUAUGGAAGCUACAGAUGCCGGACCAACCGGCGGUGCAGCCGGGGCUUCGAGCCCAACGAGGAUGGCUCGGCCUGUGUGGCUCAAGUGGCCUUUUUAGGUAGGUAUCCUUCUGCCGCCUUUAGAAUCUCUGAGCCUCUCUCUCGGGCCUUAUAUCUUUCUCUAGGCCUUGGACUUUGCCUUCAGUUAUAUGCACUUUAAAUCCUGUCAAUAAAGGAAAAAAAAAACUGACAACCUUUGUGGAAAACUAAAUCUCUCCCACUACCUGUCUCUCUCCACGCCCAGUAGACUCGGUUCUGCUGUGUGUG